CUUCCACUGUCUAUCUCGUGUUCUGCGCCUCCUUACAUAGGACCUGUGGAUCUGUGCUACAGCAAACAUAUCAUCCAUCAGGCCUGGAGCAACUUUGUGGUCCUUUCGAGGGCCCUGAGAGGACGACAUACAAUAUAAUAAUACUCGAUUCCCAAACAGCCACCAUACAAACACACACUCUCUCUCCUCUCUCUUUCCACCCCUGACGACAAACAAGGCGAGCACACGAUUUUCGAGUCAUUUCCAAUACGCACAUAGCCUAUUUCGCAGGCGAGGACAACAAACUUCUUUACACACACACAAAGAUGAGUGACACAGAGGAGAGCCUAUCCCUGUCAUCGCCGAGUAGUUCCCGAUCAUCGUCACCAUCCCCAAACGAGACGGUCCUCCAAGGCUUCGAGUGGCACGUUCCAGCCGACAACCAGCACUGGAGGCGGCUAGAGCGCGUCAUUCCCACCCUCGCCCAGCUCGGCGUCAGCUCGCUGUGGAUCCCACCAGCCUGCAAGGGCUUCGGCCCAGACAGCGUCGGCUACGAUAUAUACGAUCUCUACGACCUGGGCGAGUUUGAACAAAAGGGCUGUGUGGCGACCAAGUACGGCACCAAGCAGGAGCUGGCCAGUCUCGCCCAUGCGGCCGAGGCACACGGCGUCGGCGUUGUUUUUGACGUCGUCAUCUCUCACAAGGCCGGGGCUGAUGAGUUUGAGGAUGUGAGGGCUGUGAGGGUGGAAAAUUUUGAUCGCAACGCUGAGAUUGGUGAAUACGAGGCUAUUCAGGCGUGGACCAAGUUCGAGUACAAGGCCCGCAACAAGCAGUAUAGCUCCUUCACCUGGCACAAAGAUCACUUCUCAGGAGUCGACUACGAUGAAAGGACAAAGACUGCGGGGGUGGUCCAUAGAUUCGAAGGCAAGCAGUGGGCGGUAGACGUCGAUUCGGAGCGUGGCAAUUAUGACUACUUAAUGUUCGCCAACAUUGACCUUGCACACCCUGAAGUUCGACGUGAACUCUUCCACUGGGCCGAGUGGCUGCAAGGGCAGCUUCCCAUCCGCGGUCUCCGCCUCGAUGCCAUCAAGCACAUGUCCACGGCGUUCGUCAAAGACUUUGUGAAGCACGCCAAGAAGGUUUGGGGGCAGGAGUGCCUCUUGAUGGGUGAGUACUGGGUGCAGGAAUCCGACUUUCUCGCCAAGUAUGCAGAGGACAUGGAUUGUGAUGUUCAACUAUAUGAUAUCCGCUUGGUUCACAAUUUCAGAGACCUCUCCUGGGACCCAAGUCCUGAUCUUCGGACUGUCUUUGAUGGAACUCUGGCAAAGAUCAGACCGGACCUGAGCGUUACUUUCGUGGUAAACCACGAUACCCAGGAGGGCCAGACUUCCGAGACGCUUGUUGCGCCAUGGUUCAUCCCGUUGGCCUACUCCCUCAUUCUCCUCCACAUAAAGGGCGGCUUACCCGUUGUCUUCUACGGAGACCUCUAUGGCUCCUUUGGACCUUUGGACGAGCGACCUGCCGGUACAUACGAGCCAGCAGAUCACGGCCGCCGGCUCAUACCGAAAAUGAUGCUCGCCCGUCAGUCGUACGCUUAUGGCCCACAAUCCGAAUACUUGGACGAGCCUGACUGCAUCGGCUUUACCCGGCACGGCGACGCUUCUCACUCUGGGCAGGCUGGGCUUGCUGUAUUGAUGACGUGUCGUGACGAGAUGGCGGUGAAGCGGAUGUUUGUCGGCAUGCAUCAUGCCGGCGAGCAGUGGACAGAUCUGCUGGGCGAGGUGCAAGGUUCGGUCGAGAUCGACUCGGACGGUUGGGCUGUAUUUGCCGCCGCGCCUAGGCGUGUUUCCGUCUGGGUUGAUGUUCGUGCGGUUGGUCGAGCUGAGAUUGAUUCCUUCACCUUUACGGUCAAGGCUCUAGUCCGACGGAGUAUCGCCUGCCUUUGA